AUGAUGGCUUAAUUAUAACAGAAAUUAUUAGAAAUAAUCGAAAAUCUCAUUAACAAUCCAAUAUCACUAGAAUUCGUAGAUCCCUAUGAUGACGAAGAUUAUAACAAAGUCAUUUUCAACAAAAUGGAUUUGUACAUUAAAUUCUUAUUCUUAGAACAACAAUAAAAAAAAAGCUAGAGUCCAAUAAAUAUUUGAAUCACACUGAAUUCUUUAAGGAUCUAGACUUAGUCUGGAGGAAUUGCUAGUUAUAUAACUAAAAGGGUAACAAUUCUCACUAUUGAAAAUAAUAGGAUCUAUAAUUUUUAAAUAAUCAAUGUAUUUGGAAUAGCAAUGCAAAAGUUUAUAGAAGGUCAUUGAAGACGACUUUAAUUUAGGCAAGAAAAAAAAAAGGCAAAAUUAAGAAAGACCGCCCAUAUAAUAAUAAUCUUUUGAUUUUAGAUAAAAGUAAAUUAAAUAUCAAGUAUUCUAGAAAUAAACCUAGUAAUGAAGCUUCCCGUCUUAAGUUUUGCCAUUCGAUCAAAAAUUUAGAAUAAGAACAAUUAAUAAAAAUAGUAAACUAUUUAGCUGAAUUUUAACCAGAAUGUCUUUCUCGAGAAGAAGAUAAAUUAGUUAUUGAUGUAAAAAAACUAGAUUCCAAAGCAUGUGAACAAAUAAACUUGCUUUGA